AUGGCUACCCCUAGUGUCCUAGCUUUUGACGCUGAGGGUCGCGCCAUUGACUUUGAGGUCUGGGUCGACGACCGGCAGCUGUUCUUACAGUGCGAUAGGGCAGACGGUCUUUCUCUCUUUGACCUCACCUCUGGUGCCGUCCCUGCCCCUGCUGCUGAUGCUGACGCCACUGUUCGCUCACAGUGGGCCACGCGCGAUGCUGCUGCACGUCUUGCUGUGCGUCGCCACCUGCCUACCGCUGAGCGCGCGCACUUUAGCCAGUACAAGAGUGCCCAGACCUUGUACGACGCUGUAGUUGCGCGCUACUCCUCCCCUGCCACUGCUGCACUGAGCCGCCUCAUGCUCCCCUUCCUCUUCCCUGACCUUGCCGCCUUUCCCAUUGUCGCUGACCUCAUUACGCACCUCCGCACUAGUGACACUCGCUACCGCGCUGCGCUUCCUGCUGACUUCUGCGCCCAGAACCCCCCCCCCCCCAUGUACAUCACUCUCUACUUUUUAGUCACUCGCCUCUUUGACUCCCUUCGUGUAGUCCGGGACCACUUCCUCGUGGUCUGUCCCACCACCCUCACAGUCGACAGCCUCGAGAAGGCCCUCCUAGCGGCGGAGAAGAGCAUAGUCGCUGUAGGAGCCUCUCGAGGUGACCCCCGCGCCCCCAUCUUUGAGGGUCGGUCGGUGCGGCGUCUGCCCCUAGCGGGAGACGCCGCUCUGGCAAGGGCAAGGGGGGCAAGGGAGCGGGUGGGGCCAGCGGGGGCGGUGGAGGUGGCGGUGGAGGCGGCGGAGGGAGUGGGGGUGGCGGUGGAGGUGGUGGCGGGGGUGGGGGUGCUAGUGGCGGCAGUGGAGGCGGGGGUGGCGGCGGCGGUGGCGGUGGGAGCGGAGGUGGCGGAGGCGGCGGCGGAGGAGGCGGAGGCGGGGGUGGCGGUGGCGGUGGCGGUGGCGGUGGUGGAGGUGGUCGGAGAGGCACUUCGCAGCGGAGCAGCACUGGGGGUGUGUGGUGGGGGUUUUGGUCCCUGCACCUACGUCCUUGGCACUGGCGACCGUGCUGGAGAGCAGUGUGGGGGUACCCACACCGCCCAGCGCUGCUUUGGCCGCCUGACGGACGCUUGGCGCCAGCAGUUCCCGGAAGCCGCGGAGAUCCCCCGCUGGGGAGAGCUGUCUAGGGCUGGUGUAGCUAUCUUUGAUCUUGACUUUGAUGCUAUCCUUGCUGCCAUGUAUGGUGUGACCAUUAGUGAUGAGGGUGAGUGUUACCGGUGUUUCCCGCCCGACCCGGGCAUUGGUACUGCUGCUCUAGGUGUCAGUGAGGCUUCUGCUCUAGGUGCCUGUGCGUCUGUGCUCUCAGGUACUGGUGAGGCUGCUCUCUCAGGUACUAGUGAGUCUGCGCUCUCAGGUACUGCGUCGGCCUCGGCCUCCCACACCUUCACUCUUGACUCUGGAGCGUCUCGCUCCUUCUUUCGGGACCGCACCACACUCACGCCGCUUAGUCGGCCGGUUGCGGUGUCCUUAGCUGACCCCUCUGGGGGUCCUGUCCUGUCUUGCUUCUCCACAGUCCUCCCGUGUCCGGCGGCUCCCUCUGGCACCCUGUCUGGUCUCUACCUCCCCUCGUUCUCUACGAACUUGGUGAGUGGUGCUGACCUACAGGAUGCGGGAGUCCACCAGUUCACCCCUGCUCGUCAGCGGGUGACGCACUGCACAGAGGCUAGCACAGGUCGUCACCUGGCUACGUUUACACGUCAGGUGUUUGCUGCAGCGUCCAGGUCUGGUCCUGACUCUGCCCCCUGUUCGUGUCGUCGCCUGUCUCACGAGACUCUUCUCUGGCACCACCGCCUGGGUCAUCCCUCUCUGCUUCGGCUCAGAGGCAUGGCCUCCCGUCUUCUUGUGUCUGGUCUCCCCCGGUCCCUCCCCCCCCUUCCUCAGGGCCCUGGCCCCGCCUGUGUCCCCUGUGUCGAGGGGCGCCAGCGUGCUGCCCCUCACUCCUCCCAGUUUCCUCCGACAGAGGCUCUGUUGCAGACGCUUCACAUGGACGUGUGGGGCCCUGCCUUCGUCCGUGGACUCGGUCACGAGCGCUACUUCCUGUUGGUGGUUGACGACUACUCGCGUUACACCACAGUCUUCCCCUUGCGCAACAAGGGUGAUGUUACUGAGGUGCUGAUCGACUGGAUCCGUGCAGCUCGUCUCCAGCUCAGGCAGAGCUUUGGCUCGGACUUUCCUGUGCUGCGUCUGCACUCGGACAGAGGCGGAGAGUUCUCCUCUGGCCUUCUGCGUGCCUACUGUCGUGCGCGAGGCAUCCGUCAGACCUUCACGCUUCCGGACUCACCGCGGCAAAAUGGGAUUGCAGAGCGCCGCAUUGGCAUGGUCAUGGACGUCGCUCGUACGUCUAUGAUGCAUGCGGCUGCCCCCCAUUUUCUGUGGCCGUUUGCGGUCAGGUACGCGGCGCAUCAAAUCAACCUCCACCCCAGGGUCUCCAGGCCGGAGACCUCCCCAGCCCUGCUGUGGACGGGGAAGGUUGGCGAUGCGUCGGCGUUCCGGGUCUGGGGAUCUCGGGCGUUUGUCCGCGACUUGUCUGCGGACAAGCUGUCCCCUCGCGCUGCUCCCUGCGUCUUUCUGGGGUUCCCCCCCGACGCCCCUGGGUGGCAGUUCUACCACCCCACCUCUCGCUGUGUUCUGUCCUCCCAGAACGUCACAUGA